UAGACAACACUGAAAAUUUGAAUAUUAGGUUAUGUUUUAUAAUUUUGUUUUUAUACACCAAUUCUAUCAAUUUUCAAAGAUAAUGAAAUUAUCUAAUUAUAAAUACUACAUACUUACGUUUUAGGAUUUAGCGCAUUAGUGAUUUUGAAUAACGAUGACUAGUGGGAGUAUGUUUUCAACUUGGUGAUCCUAAAAUUUGUAUUCUGUCCACAAAAUGGAUCAGUCGCCUCCUUCUAAGCCACCAAGAGGGGUGAAGGCUGCUAAAGAAACUAGUGGUCUAUUAAUGUCAGUAAUUCGAACUCUAUCAGCUAGCGAAACUAAUGAGCAAAGAGACAGAGAGAAAGCAAAAUUAGAGAAUUAUUAUAAGAUAUGUGAUCAAAGAGUUGAUCAGCUUGUUUCCAAACAUGGGAAGGACCUUUCCAAGGUUAUGAAUUUAUUUGGAUCCAUUUCUCAAAUCGUCAUCUCAAACAGAGAAAGAAUAAAAAAAGUUAAGGAACAUCUUCAAGAUUGUAAAAAAAAGCUGAGGUGCAGAAAAGAUGAGCUGAAAAAUUUAUGGGUAGAAGGUUUGGAAUACAAAUAUAUGCUACAACUAGUGGAUGAAAUUGAAAAAAUGAACCAAGUUCCAAACCGUUUGUCAUAUCACAUGGGGCGUAAACAAUAUUUACAUGCUACUAUGCUUUUGGUGGAUGCCGUACACUUGGGAAAAGAAACCCUAGAAGGAGUAGAAAGCUUAAAAGAAUUAAGUUUAGAAUUGGAACAGAAAAAGGAGCAACUACACCUGCAACUUCUCUCAGAACUCAAACAGCAAUUGUAUACCAAACCAUCCCAACAUAUUUUAGCAUUGCGUAGACAGGGUUCUGGACGAGAAGGCUGGACAAUUAAUUCUCCUUUACAAAGAAGUCUAGAAUUGAGGAGAUCUGGAAGAAAUAGUUCAGCGGGCUCAAGAAGUUUGUUCAAUGUCUCAAGUGGAAAAAAUGGUACAUUGGAUUUUUCAGUUGAAGAAAACUUGGAAGUUUCAAAUCCAGAGGAUAAUCAUAGUAAUUUUAUUGCCGUUCUGGUGAAGAGCUUAUGUAUUUUGGAAAAAUUGCCUUUUGCUAUGAAUGAAAUAAUACAAGAAAUGCAUUUUGAAAUUUCACAAAUCAUUGAACGAACCACUAAUUACGUCAAAAAUGAUUUUGAUGGAUUGGAUGAAAGGCUAGUUUUAAAGGAGUUGAUACAAAUCAUAUUCGAUCAGUUAAAGGCAACAGCUGACUAUCAAUAUAUGUUUUUGAAGUGUGUAGAUAAGGCCAGUAAAGUGCAUAAUAUCGAAAUUGAUUCAUAUGAUAUCAACAUCUACUGGUCUCAAGUACAAGUGGUGGUAAGUGUUUCACUCAAUGAUCAAUAUUUUUUAAAUUUACAAAUAAUUAUGGAGAACUGCCUUUUACAUUAAAAUAUUACCAGUAUCAAUGAUAUUUCAGUUUAUUUUUCAAGGAGAAAACAAACAUCGAAACGACAUACACUAUUUAAAUUUGAAGGAUCAUCAAGUGCCCUUAGUUUAAGUGAUUCCCUAAAAUCUACAAAGAAAGACAAGUUUCUAAUUUGUCCUCCACAUCCAAAUAAUCUACUAGUAGUUUUUAUACCCUUCUUCUGUUUCAUAGAAGAAUUGGAACAAGCAAUGAAUAUAGAAAACUAUGGAAGUAGCAAUAUAUAUCAAUUUCUGACGAAACACGUUUCAAAUGUCUUUUUGAAGCGAAAAUCAGAUGAAAUUGUUGAUCAAAUUGAAUCAUGUACUAGAGCUGCAGAUGCAUGGAAAGCCACAAUAUUAUUAGAUCUCAGUGCUGACUACAAACCCCUGCUAGUGAGUACAGUAACUGUCGAAAGGUGCAUAAGGGAGUGGAAAGUGGUAUUGAAUUCUCUACCACUUUAUAGCGAGAGAAUAGCCGAAUACUCAUGUAAAGCUUUGAAAGAAUAUAAAGAUACCUGCAAUGCUGCAUACAGAGGAAUAGUUCAACCACACUCUGAAGAUAAAUGGAUAUGUAGUGCAGCUUGGCUCAAAGAUGAUGAUAUUAGCAGAUUCUUGAAAUCUUUGCCUAACUGGUUGAAUCUGAAAGCCCAACAGGAGUUUCAUGCUCGCAGUGAAAGGAGUAAAAGAACGUUGAAAAGAGGUCAACCAUCUGAAGAAGAAAGUCCAGAGGAUGUUCGGAUGAGGAAUAGAAGAGAAGCUGAGAUUUUAGCAAGUAAUCUUGGAGAAGGAGGUGUUUCAGCUGGAGAAAUUCUUUCUGAUAUGAACUCACUCAGGGAAUUAGCUCAGUUACAAGAGAGCAUGGAAUGGUUCUCUAUCAGAAUGUUUGAAUUUGCUAGUGACUUUAGAACUGAACCAUCAGGCCUCUCUCCACCGAAACAAGAUAUUAGCCAUAAUGAAUCUUCCCCGCCAGUGUCUGCUGCUACCUUGCAACAGUUAACAAGUGUUGCCCAAGAAUUUGAUGAAUUAGCAAACACGUGCCUUCUACUUCUUCAUUUAGAGGUUCGAGUUCAGUGUUUUCACUACUUGUUAACCCAAACUCAAAGUAAAAAAGAAACUCAUGAACCAGAUCCCAAAGUGCUGGAGUUGAACAGAGUACUAGCUAGUGUUGAUGAAGCUAUAACAUCAAGUUUACAUCCAAGAAAAUGCAAGUAUAUAUUUGAAGGAUUAGGACAUUUGAUAGCCAAAAUUCUAAUAAGUUCUGCCCAAUAUAUGAGUGCCAUAAAUGAAGGAGGAAUUCAACGAAUGUGUAGAAACAUAUUUGCUCUUCAACAAACGUUAACUAAUAUCACCAUGACUAGAGAGGUAGCACUGGACCAUGCGAGACAUUACUUUGAAUUAUUUUUUUUAACACCAGAGGAAAUUCUGAAUGGACUCGUUGAUAAGGGACCUGAAUUUUCAGAAUUGGAGUAUAUGAAUGCCUUUCAGCUACUAAACAGAAGUAAAUCCGGAAAUGAAUCAGAUUCGGUAUCAGUUCAUUUAGAAAGAUUAUCAGAUAUUCUUGGUGAGGUAGGUGUUACAGUAUAGAUUAAUAAGUAACAUGACAAUAUUAUUCAAUCAGUUUAUUAAAAAUUAUAAUUUAUAACUAAAUAUAACUUGUUAAUUUUUA